AUGACAUCGAUACGAUUACGGAUGCAGGACAUGGCUUUAUGCCUUUUGGUCCUCUCAUCAAGAUGUCGCCUUUAUCCGAGCUCUUGUGGGAUUAGCCUCGGUGGUCUUGGCUCAACAUCUGUGUUAACAACUUCCCACAGAUCAAAGGCUGCAGUAAGUCUUCAUCUUGACCGACCAUAUGUGGAAGCCAUCUCCAUUGAAGACCGCGAACAGUUCUCUUGCAAGAUAUGCGGAGAAACCAGUGGAAAAGGUUUAGGAUUUAUUUAUGGUUGUUCACCAUGUAAGUUUGCUGCUCACUUGAAAUGUGUAUCAGCAGCUUUAGAUCUUGUUAUUGGAGAUAAAAGGCAUGAACAUCCUUUCAGUUUGUUUCCGAGAGGAUCAUCAUUCAUUUGUGAUGCAUGUGGUAUUGAAGGAAGUUAUGCUUCCUACAUAUGUUGUACAUGCAACAUCAUGGUCCAUAAAAAGUGCACUUCAUUGCCGCGCAUCAUCAAAAGCAAGUGGCAUGAUCAUCACCUUUUUCACAAAUAUUUCCUUCGCAUAGAAGAUUUUAGAGUUUUGGAUUGCAUAAUGUGCAAUUAUGAAGUCAGUACAGACCAUGGUAGUUACUAUUGUUCGGAGUGCGAUGUUAUAUUGCAUGUGAAGUGUGCAAUGAAGGAUAAAGAUUCAUAUGAAAUAGUAGAAAAUGAAGAUGAGGUACCCAAUGAAAGUUCCAUCAUUGUUAUUGAGAGGAACAAUGCUGGAGAAGCUACAAAGUAA